AUGCCGACCUCGAAGACCGAUGCAGACCUUCGCCUCCCCGACCCUGCCGCUCAGCAACGGGGGCUGCAAAAUACGACUCAGAACCAGGCUGCGACGUCGAGAUUGCAGGAUACCUCUCGCUCGGCCGGUGAAGCCCAGGGAGAAGACAUGACUUCGCGAAUGACGCUACAGGAGCUCCUUCAGACUAGAAUGGACAAAGAUGGCAACCCCGUGUCAGACCCUGUUGCGUUCACGGAUGGCGCCAAGAUGCAGGAAAGCAGUCAAGCCCUGGAUGAGGCGGAUCUAGUCGAUGCCGCUUAUUAUGAUGAUUUUGAUUGA